GUCUUGUGCAGUAACGAAUAUUGACAACAAGAACGUACCUAUCGGCUGUGCUUAGGGAACCUGCGCCUUCGAACACGCAUUUUGUCCUUGAACGCGGCGUUGAUUUGUGGCGUUGGUAGGCAGUCCUAGCACCAUGGCUGGGACCGGCACUUACCGCUCUGGGAGAAGCCAGUCGCGGACGAAGGCCACGCAUCGGGACGACGGAUGCGUGGCAUGCCGCACCGCAUGCUGUUGCUGCUGCAAGAACUGGUGCCACGUCUGCGGCGUGCGUAAAUGCCGCGCGCAACGGGAGAGCAAAUGGCUGAACGGCUCGCUAAACACUGAGUAUCUUCGAGAGUACCCACCUAAGUCUGUACCGCUAGACCGGCGGCGACCAGGGAACCCGCUGCUAGACAGCGCGCCCUUCUACGGCCAGACCACCAACCGUGCCGACUACACGCCCAAGCAGGGGCGCGCACAGUCAGCCCGCCGGGCAGAGGGGCCGCUGGCGUCGUUGCCCUUUGACGGGCGGACGACCUACAACGAUGAGUAUAUUAAGAAGCAAGCGGACCUGGACCGGCGGGCCAAGGGGCCAGACGCCUCGUGGUCCGCCCCUUUCGUGGGUGCCACCACGUACAACACCGAGUACGUGCCCAGGCAGGUGCGGCCCUGGACCGCGGAGCCGGGCCGGCCACUGGUGUCCGUGCCGUGGGACGGCACCAGCGAGUACCGGGACAACUACACCAAAAAGGCGGCGGCGCCGCCUGACCUACGCGCCAGUGCGCCGCUGCUGCCCAGCAAUCACGUGCCCACCAUCACCACCUACGGGCAUGACUACGUGCCGAAGCCGUUCGAUCUGCGGCAGAAGCUGGAGUGUUGCGAUGAUCCGCGCCACCCGGCGGAGCACCCACGUAUGGUGCAGUGCUGCGAGCGGCCCUGGAUCAGCUGCGCCUCCUGCGCCGGCAGCAGGCCGGGCACGGGGCUGCGGCCGACCGGGCGCACACGCACGCGCUGAGGGGCAGAAGGUUGAGGGGAGGGGGGUGGCGCGGCGAGUGCAACUGUGGAAGUUUGUGACAUAUGAUGAUGCAGGCACGUGAUGCAGGUGUGGUGGACAAUGAUACGCGUGCCGGUAGGAUCCGUGGAUACAUACUGUGGCGUCGAGCGCGAGGAAGGAGAGGGGCUCCAGCUAACUGGUAGUAGAACGUGGCCUGCUGGUAGGCAAAUAGGCAGGAGUGUUCAGGGCUUUCUGCGCAGGUGUGUGCAGCGAAGCAUCCGUCAAUCCGUGGUUGGUGGCAGUGAAGGCCACCCACGUUUCAGACAGGGCAGGACAGGCAGCGCUGUUGUGGGCGGAAUGAUUACACCGUGGGAGUGAUUGUGCCUAGUGUGCUGGGGGCUUCAUGUCAAGGGAGGCAAUGAGACUCGUUGGCCUUCGCCGGGCCGCUACCUUCAGUUUGGAGGCCCAUGCAGGCCCAUGCGUGUGGGCACUGACAUGCCACAUCUGAGCAUACGGUAUACAGUACACGAACUGCUAGGGCCUUAAUGCGAGUGUAAUGCGGUAAUGUAAGAGUUCAUUAGG